GGAAGGAUCGCUUGUUACUCUCGACAGAAUUUCCACGCAGAAAAGAAAGGCGCCCGUUUCUUUCCAUCAACAAAGUCCACCUUUCCCCGCGACGCCGACAUGUCGACGACAACAGAUUACGAAUCAAGACGAUAAUUCUCAAACGUCCACGACGACGUUGAGCAAAAACAAGAACCAAAUUUGCUCACGUCACCACGCCAGCCACAACUUUAGAGCGCGCUCCUGCUUUUCCCGCGGUUUAUAAGCAGCGCGUCUCCGCUCGAUCUCCCGCUCCAUUCGUCCGGGGCAGGAAACGCACCAAAGAAAGAAAAGUCCACCAAUAAUUGCGAGCCUUCCGGGUCUUCCUCACGCUCCAUUCUUCCAAGCAUGCAACGCCACGGCGCCGCCUGCGGCAUUGCGUGCCACUCCGGCGCCGGCUUGGCGGCCGCCGGCGUGUUCAUGCUGCCGCAGGUCUACGACCCUCACGGCGUGCAUGGACAGUACCAGUACGACUUGGCCUCGUUGUCGGACAUGGUGGCUCCAUACACCGACUACAAUGGCGGCAACCCUGCCGUCGGAUGGGUGCCUCCGGGGGGUGGCGCCGUGGACGACGACGGUCGGACGGCGUGCCGUGGCAACGGCGACGAGAGGAAGACGAGGCGGCUGGCGUCGAACCGCGAGUCGGCGAGGCGGUCGCGGGUGAGGAAGCAGAGGCGGCUGGACGAGCUGUCGUCGCGGGCGGCGCGGCUCCGGGCGGAGAACCAGCGUCUCCUCGUGGAGCUCAACGGCGUGCUCGCCGAGCACGGCCGCGUUGCCCGCGAGAGCGCACGGCUCCGGGAGGAGGCCUCCGAGCUGCGGGCGAAGCUCGACGGGAUGGGGGUGGACGAGGCCGAUGUUGACGUUGCUCCGCAGAGUACAGAGGACACCGGCAAUACGGCUUAGCUGCGCUCAUAAGACAGAAUGAGAACGCGGCAUGGGAUUUAUUCAUGGCACGUAGCCAGGUGGACAUAAUAUACUAGUUCUAAUGUGGCGACCAAUUAUAUUUAUUUUUACUUCUCCGA